AUGACCGGUGUCGACGACUCUCCGUUCUAUUCGCCUCUCCUGAGCCCAUCCACUCCCGACGACGUCACUUGGCCCUGGAGCACCGUCACGGAAUCGAAGCCCAGCGACGCGAAGCCGCCGUGCGACGCCACGGCGACCAGCGAGCUUCGCGUGCUGCCGUGCGACACGCCCGCGCUGGACGCGCUGUUCGCCGUGGCGCGCGAGGAGCUGGGGCGCGGCGAGUUCGGCGUGGUGCGCGCGUGCAUGCACCGCGCGACGGGCCGCCUGCUGGCGUGCAAGAGCAUGGACAAGGCGGCGCUCCUGGCGAGCGGGCGCAUGGAGGACGUGGCGAUGGAGGUGCUGUGCAUGCGCGUGCUGCCGCCGCACCGCAACAUGGUGCGCCUGGCCAGCAUGCACGAGGACGCGCGCCACGUGCACCUGGUCAUGGACCUCUGCCAGGGGGGCGACCUCUUCGACCUCAUCGCCAAGGCCGGCCGCCUCUCACAGGACUUCGCCGCACACAUCUUCAGGCAAGCGGCGUCAGCAGUGGCGUUCUGCCACGCGCACGGAGUACUGCAUCUGGACAUCAAGCCCGAGAACCUCCUCCUGCACACGCGCCUCCCCCCGCACUACCUCGCCGCCGCCGCUCCCUCCGCCACACCAGCCACCUCCCCUGCAGCGUCUCCCUCGCGCCGUGCACUACUGGACUCCGUGUGCGUCAAGCUGGCGGACUUCGGGCAGGCGGUGCGCUUGCUGCCGGGGCAGAUGGCAUGCGGCGUGGCAGGCUCAUCCUUCUACAUGGCGCCAGAGGUCGUAUGCGGCCGCCCCUACAGCACAGCGGCAGACGUGUGGAGCUUGGGCGUGCUGUUAUACAUCAUGCUCGCAGGCUACGUGCCGUUUUGGGGUGCAGACCUCCCUGCCACCUUCCACGCCAUCUGCUGCAACCGCCCGGACUUCUUAGCGCACCCGUGGGCGUCGGUGUCGCCGCUGUGCGUGCGCCUCAUCCGCUCCAUGCUCGCUCUCAACCCGCGUCGUCGCCCCUCCCUGCAACAAGUGCUCGCCCACCCCUGGCUGCGCGUUGCUCUGGGAGAGAUUGACGGGCUGCAUGUUGGGGGAUCACAUGUUGUGAGCGGUGCUGCUGAUGCUGCUGCACUUGGCGUGUCUGAUGCUGCUUGUGAGAUGCUGCCUCCUCUGGUUCCUGGGAGCCAUGCCAGUGGGUGUGAUGGUGCUGACGUGGACAGCUGCAGCACGGGUGUGUGGAGCACGGUGGAAGGAGGAGAGUGUGAUGGGAGUGUGGAUGAUGGGUGGCGUACGGGGAGGAGAGGGGAGGAGGGGGGUGGGAGGAGGAAGAGGGGUUGCAGGGGGCGUGAGAGCUCACCUGAAGCCAAGGCGGGCGCAGUGCAAGUGCUGUCCAUGCCGUACCAUGCGAGCAUGGCGUGA